GCCAUGGGGCUUCAGCUGUCCUGCCUGAAAGGCUUUAAAGUGUGUGGCGGUAGCAGUAGCCAUGACGAGGCCCCCGUCCUGAGCGACAAGCACCUGGACGUGCCCAACAUCAUCAUCACCCCCCCGACCCCCACGGGCAUGAUGCUGCCACGGGACUCCAGGCAGACAGUCUGGCUGGAUGAGACAGGGUCGUGCCCAGAGGAUGGAGAAAUAGACCCCGAAGCCUGAGGAGGAGGCACAGGUCGGAGACUGUCCUGCUCCAGGGGCCCCCAACCCCACAUGUCCCUGGGGGCGUGGCUGCCCGGGACAGAUGCGCUGAGCACGCCGGACCCUGGAUGGGAAAACGAAAGAAUCCGGCACCUGACCAGCUGCAAUGUGGCAAGAAGAGCAAGGAAUCAGCCGGCCCUGCCUGCAUGCAGAGCCAAGUUUCCCGGGCCCCGCUGAGCUGACCAGACCUCUCACACCCACACGGUCAUGGUGAUGGCUGCCGGGGUGGAGGGAGAGGCUUUCUCCUGGACAAACGUACCCUCCCUGAGCCCUGGGCCACACAGUCGGGUGUGCAUGAAGUCAACACACGCAAGAACUUGCAGAGGAGUGGCUCCGUUUUUUACAAGUUGUUUUACAGAUAUCAAAACAGUCCAGAAAGUGAUUUAUAAUUCCUUUUUUGCAUUAUAAAUAAAGGUCAU